AUGGAUAACUCUCAACUCUUCAAACCAUUGAAAAUCGGCAAUGUUAUGGUUGAGCAUCGCAUAGGGAUGGCCCCGAUGACUCGACUCCGUGCAACGGAUGAUCGUGUGCCAUUGCCACUUAUGGCCGAGUACUACGGCCAGCGCUCUACUAUGCCAGGUACCUUGCUGAUCAGUGAGGGCACAUUGAUCUCGUACGAAUCUUCAGGUGGAUUUGCCAAUGCACCUGGCAUAUGGAACGAAGAACAGAUCGCAGGCUGGCGAUCAGUCACCGAUAUUGUCCAUGCCAAAGGAAGCUUCAUCUUCUGCCAGAUCUUUGCCAUGGGUCGUGUUGCAGAUGAGCAGUUGUCUCAAAAGGACGGAGUUGAAAUAAUAGGCCCUAGUCCUAUUCCAGUGGCCGAAACCUCGCCAGUACCACGCCCCAUGACACUCGAUGAGAUCAAGAAGACUGUCCAAGAUUUUGCAACAGCUGCAAAGAAUGCGAUACUUGCCGGUUUUGACGGUGUAGAGGUUCAUGGUGCAAAUGGCUACCUGAUUGAUCAAUUCAUCCAGGACAAUAGCAACCAGCGUCAUGACGAGUAUGGUGGGAGUAUCGAGAAUAGAUCCCGCUUUAUAGACGAAGUCAUGAAAGCUGUCGUCGCUGUUGUAGGACCGGAACGAGUUGGUCUUCGCCUUAGUCCCUGGAGCUCAUUCCAAGGAAUGAGAAUGACAAACCCGAUACCGCAAUUUGCAGACAUCAUCAACAAGGCCAGCGAACUUAAUCUGGCUUAUCUUCACCUUGUGGAAUCACGAAUAUCUGGCAGUAGCGAUAGCGAAGGCAGCGAAACAUUGGAAUUCGCUUAUAACCUCUGGAACAGACCGCUCCUAGUAGCUGGCGGGUACAAGUUGGACGAUGCCAGGCAGCUUGUUAAUAGAUAUCCUUCUAAAGAUAUUGUUGUUAUGUAUGGGAGGUACUUUAUUGCAAACCCAGAUCUGGUAUAUAGGAUCAAGGAAGGGUUGCAAUUUGACAAGUACAAACGCGAGUCGUUCUAUACAGUCAAAAGUGCACUAGGCUAUGUUGAUUAUCCAUUCAGUAUAAGAUACCUUCAAGACCAGAGUGCUGAGACUGCAUUUACUCAGAAGAUAUGA